GUUUUGCUGGCGUGAGUUUCUGCUCCGGCGAGAAACUACACCACUGUCUGGUUACAGUAGCUGCUGGAACUCAUCCUGUUAUUUCAGGUGACAUUCACAGAUGUCAGCAUUGAACUGACAACACGGAUUAAAACGCCCGUUUCCGGUUGACGAAAUAAAAGUAGCUGGAAAGCAUGGCCCGGUGAGAUCGCGAAUCUUUCUGCAGGCUGCGUUAGUUGGUGACAAAGGCGUAACUGCCUCAAGCUCUGCAAUUCAUCAAUAUCAAAUGUGCAGCUGAUGUGGUGUUUUACGCUGAUGUGCAUCGUGAUAUGCUCUGUUUUCCUACGGCGAGAUACGGGGGUGGGGUGUCAUUUUCAAUUGAGCGUGAAGAUUUGCUGCUAGGAGUCUGGUUCUGCAAAGCGGACUCCCAGGCCAGAUCACCUUACAGAUAAUUUGGGUAUUUUGUUGUGAUAGCUCUCUGUCGCAGGUCUUCUUGUGAAUUCACUCAAGGACGAAUUCGAAACAUGAAGCGCCCGGAGGUCGGGUCAGUUUUGAACGAUGACUCGAGCGAAAGUCCGCAACCCGGCCCUAAGCGUCGUUUCAUUUCAUCUCCCCUCCGAAAGAGUGUCGCGCAACAUCUUCUCAAACGUCGGAAAGAAAGGCUUCUGGUUAAAAGAGCUAUGAAUCUAAAAUCUCGGGUUGCCGCGAAUGGAUCACGUCCAGACGUUCGAGUUCUCCCGAAACGCAAGUGCGACAAGGACGGUUUUCGUACCACUCGGGCCUGGGUUUGUGAUCCUCCCGACGAAACCCGUAACAUCAAGAUCAGUUGUUCGAAUCCGGGUGUCGCAGCAGUGUUCAAGCGAUUGGAAGACGAAAAGAUCGAGCGUGCGGAGUUUCUGGCAUCCGGAGCUAACGUAUCGACAGAAGAACAAUGUUUGCUGAGUUCGAAUUCCUGCGACAGUAUAGCUGCCGUGUUUCCAAACGCCAAGCCUUCAUCAGAUACCGGAACUCCAAAUCCGCAAACCCCCGCACCUCUGAAGAGGGGACUGGAACACGACAGGAAAUGCCGAUCGGAGGAGUUUAAGAGUGCAUCAUGCUUCAGCAAAUUUGCUCAUCGGAUUUCUACGUUUAUUCAAACUCCGAAAGUGUUUCACGAUAAAAUCUGGUGGAACACCGGGGAUAUAGUUUGUGCGGCUGGGAUGGACAAUCGAAUAUAUUACGCCCAAACCCGUGGAUUUUUGUGCGAUCAGUACGGCAACAAAAGCUGUGCCUUGACUUGGCUGGUGCCGAAAACACCUCGGGACUCCGUUUCAGUGGACAACUUCGAACCCGCGGAAUACCUAUUGGCAUAUAACCAGGAUGAACCUCAAGAUCUCGACGAUCUCACGUGGGUUUGCAGAGCACCAUCCGAUUAUUAUUCCCCAGUGAACGCACCUUAUCGCGUAAAGCCAGCGGUUAAUCGGGGCUUUGUGUGGACCCGAAUGGGACCGAUUGAAACUCCUUUGGACAAUUUGCUUGUUGCGAAAGAUGAGGAAACUGCGAUAGCGGAUUUAGAGCAGUUGCAUGCAUCCGCAAACUGUGAUUCGGAAGACGGACACGUGUCUACCUUUUGCACGAGAGAAGACAUCAAUGAUCGUGUUGUGGACUUUCUCAUUCUUGCCGGUCAUAAAUUCAAGGAGGAAGAAGAAGCAACGAUUGAGUACGGCAAUGUCACGGUUCUCAAAGAUCCGGCAAUCGAAAAGGAACUUUGCUUGAUGACCAAAGACACCUUCGACUCAUUAUUAACGUCGAAGAUAUCGCCGGCCUUCUUCGACAGUAGUCUCAACUCGUUGCUGGUGCAAAAGACUGAAGAAAAAAUCCAGGAACCCGUGACGACAGACGAUCUUCCCGAAAUAAAGUCUCCUCGAGGUUCUCAUAGCGAAGAAACGCUGAAAGACGACGAAAACCUCUUUUUGCUGCCUGUUCAUAAGUGUCUGGUGGAUCAUACCUAUUACAAGACUGCUGUGCCUAAUUCUUUUCUGAGUCCCGAAAAUAAUUCAGAUACUUCGGAGUAACUUUAGCAUCGCGCUAAACGAUAAAAUCUGUGAUAUUUUCCUGUCUGGUAUUCGGUUUUUUAUUUUAUUCUCGGAGAAGUCCCGGCUUUUGAUUACUGCUUCGUUCAGAUUACUCAAAGUUUGGUUGACGUGAGGGUUGGUGUAUUUUUGAUUUUUCCAAUGUUGAUGAUUAUUUUUUUGCGUGUCCGAAAAAUAGCGCAGUAAUCGAAAGAAACCCUGAUUUUUUUGUUUUGUGACUAUCAAGCUCGGGAUUGGUUCGUUCAAACCUCGUGUCAGCUGAUUCGGUUCACGCUCUGCUGUCGAACAAAGUAUUUUCUGAAUCUGU